AUGCGUACGAUUGCUGGCGGUUCAGCAGUACAUGAGUUGUGUAAGCCACACACAAGCGAAGACGAAGAAUAUUCGGAAAAUCUUCCCUUUCUGCACCACCUACGCGACCCACCCCCACCACGUCAUGACGAACCCAAUCAGCGGCGGGUGCCAACUCCAAUCAAAAGAUCGAGGAAGAAAGAAAAACUGGAAAAGAUUCUUGCUGAACAGGAAGAAGAUGAAGAGGUGGAUGAAGUGGACGAUAUAGUCGAUCCGCCGUUAAAUAUCCCUAGGGGUGUGCCUGACCCGUAUUACCCUAUCUACUUACCUAUUGAUCAGGAGUUUAAAACGAAGUAUCUGUUCCAUUUUAAAAGGGGCAAAACGGUUCAGGAACGAACUUAUUUGUUUCUGGAACAUCCCGGAGGGUGGUUUUGUUUUAUCUAUCAUUUUUCAGUGGUAUAG